AUGACUAGCACGACAAAGACCGAAGACUCGGAGACCCCUGAGGUACAUUCCGCACCGGUUGGAGAAGAGAAUAAGGCGAUCGAUGAAGCUCCUGAUCAGGGGCUUGCCAUAAGGCUCGGGCAGUUGAUCAUUGGGGCGCUCGGUGCAUCAGCGGAUAUGCCCGCCAGCCAGCCGCACCCAAGCAUGCUUCCACCCAUCGACGAUGCCCUGGAAUCUGGUGAAGAUCUUGACGAAGAAAAGGAAAAACAUGGAGAAAUGGCCAAGGUUCGCGAUGAACAGGAUAAGCCGGCGUUCUCAUCGAAAAAUGUCGCAAGAGCAUCCAAAGUUCCAGGAUACCUCAAGUCAACUGAGGCGUCUCAACGCCGGAGCAUCGGCGGCAAUACGAUGAGACAGACCCUUCCAUCGAAUACCACUCGGAGCGCAUCAGAGUCGCCGACCAAGACCAGAGCCAAAACACCGAAGCCAGGAAAGCAUUGA